ACUGACGAAGCGGAGCUCGCCCACGCGACGGUGUUGAAGGCAGAGGCGGAGGGGCUUGCAGAGGUGGAGAGGCUGAGAAAGACCGACGGGUGGAAGGAGGUGGAUCCGUAUGGCUACUUGAGCGCUGGAAAGCUGCAUAGGAACUUCACCGCUGGGACGUUGAAGGGCAAGGGGAAGUUUGCUCUCCGACCGCUCCUGUUUCAUAACGCUGACCAAACUGAAUGCGUUGCGAUUCUGCACAUCGGCGAACGUUUAUCGGGGCAUGAUUUGAUUUGUCAUGGCGGCGUACUCGCAACCCUCCUCGAUGAGAUGUGCGCGCGAGCCAGUAUCCCGUCGCUCCCGCACAAGACCGGCUUCACCGCAAACCUGACCCUCAACUACCGCUCUCCCGUCAAAGUCAAUCAAUUCAUCGUCAUCCGCAGCAAGCUCACAAAACUCGAGGGCCGUAAAGCAUUUGCAAAGGCGCGCAUUGAGAGCGUCGAUGUCGAUGAGGAAGGAAAGCCAAAGACGGUGUUUGUUGAAGCUACUAGUUUGUUUGUCAGCCCCAAGAAU